AUGAUUCCGCAACAGACCCUACGACUCGAGUACUUGAAUAGUACAAUCGACCUGGAACAAUUAGGGUUCUGCUGUAUCUUCCUAGGCGGCAGUGCGGCCCAUAGGGUCACUGUUGAGCAGGUGGUGCAGAGUGGGAGCGAUUGGGAUGGACUGGGCAUUGUCAACUCUAGGGAAGACUUGCUUAACCUCAUGACCCGCCACAAAAGCCAGCUCCUGCAGCUACUUAAGGUGGAUUAUAUCGACGGAUCCCCGGAGACAUGGAAUCAUGCCGUGAGAAAUCUGGAUUGGGACGUAAUAUCAAUAUCUGGCUGGACACGGGAUGGCUCAAACCGCGCGAUGAAAAUUUGGUCCCGGAAUCACCUCGAGACAAUCAUGCAGGACAAGUCAACCAGAGCAAUUGGAGUACUUGCCCAUAAAUUCCCUCGGAACAUCCAGUCAAACCAUCCUAUCCACGGAUCUGGCCUCCUUAUCAGCCAAGCGAUCAGAUUGACCGAUGAUGUGUCAUUGCGAUUCGAAGAUGACUUUAUCACAAUUCCCCAUGUGGUUGGCAAAAAGCUUCAAUACUCAACUUCGCCUGCUUUGAUGUGCGACUUGCUCCUUGCGUCUCGCGAGGUGUAUGAGUCAAUCCCGGGGUUGGGUAGCACUUUGAAAGCCAGGACUUUGUCAAAGUGGCUGGUCAAAAGCGAUGAAACAAGCGUCGAGAGCCUCCUACCCCAACUAUACCGCUGGGAAUCCUUCCCUGGUCACUUCAGGGAGUACUUGAUCAGUACGUACUCCGCCAUGAAGCUUCGCCAUGAGUUUCAUCGUUCCAACGAAAAACAUGACAAGAUCUGUAUAUCUUCAAAAGCACCCUUCAACAGCAGCAAGGGGGGUUAUCGAGCGAUCCUGUUCGAGCCACUACGCAAGGAGCAGUACAAGCCCGUGCAGCAUCCUCAGGCACUCAGCCAGAGGUUUGCGGUGAAUCUUAUUUUGAAGGGGCAAUACGCGAUAGAACACUGGCCUAUUCGCCCAUCUGAAGCCCUCGCCUUCCGAAACACACUGAACAGGGCAACCUUGCUUAUCAAUGGGGAGAAACAAAAACAUCAUGUUUUGGAAACUCAGAUGGACUGCUUUGUUUUGGAACUGGCUGCUUUACCCUUUCUUUACGCCUAUUUUCCUGCUGAGAGGCUCCAGAAGCUUGUAGCUAUUGACCCAGACCAGCACAAGGCAUUCUAUAGCUACCAGGGAGGCAGCCGGCUAUUGGAUAUCCGCAUUCAAUUUACGCGGAUGGACACAUUUUCCGAUGCACAGUUGAAGCUCAAGGAACCGUACCGGCUCGAGCGGUGGUUGUUGAGCAUUCAAACGUGUGUGGCGCAGGAUAUCAUGAGCACCUAUCAGGCUUCCUGGUUGUCGCAGAAUUUUACGUGCAAGAAUGCACCCACUCGCCGCCUAGUGCAACCUCAUCCUCUAUAUAAGACUUUGGUACAACCAUCUUGGGUCGAGACAGGGACUCCUUUGGCGGCCUUGGCAGCUGAAAAUCAAAUAUCCGUGAAUGAGUUGCUUUGCCUUCCCAUUAGCGUCAAUGGCGUUUGCUACGGCUCUCUCCAAGAUCAGUUGGACCGAGCGAAACACCUUUUGGACCCCACGGCGCCUCAUUUCGAGAAUGCACCGACGGUUUUCGGCCUUGGAGGACACAGCGGCAAUGUCCUGGUUGACGACCGGGUUGGCAAGGGAACAAUGCCAGGGCUAAAAUACAUCAACUACAGCCAGGCCGGCUUCUAUUCACCAUUAGUGGACAUGGCUAGCUUUCUGUAUGUCGAUUGCUUUUUGCCAGUCCUCUUUGCAGAUCUCUGCACGACUAGUCUCUGCAAAGACUAUUCUACUUGCAACGGCAUGCAGCUGCAGUGGAACAUUGACAAGAAGGGUAUAGCCAUCGACUGUGAACUAGAAAUGUCCCUACUUGACCGUAGCCUUGCAGCAGCAAAAUUGGAGUAUAUUGUCCGGCCAGUUUUCAAUAUCUUGGAUAUUCAGAAGGAAGAUACGAUGAAUUCGAGAGUCAGGGAACAGGUACUGGGUCAUGGAAUGCUGGUUUCUGCCCUGAUGACCAGAAACCUUUCUCUGCGUCCCGGUGUAUUCUUACUGAACCUUGCGACGGGCAUGCGCUUGGCAAAAGAUCCAAGGGAAGUCUUUUCUAAAGAGUUCGCUUGGGAGAAUUGGAGGUAA